UUGGAUAGGACUAUGGAUUUAGCUAUCGUGAAUGAAGGUGUUCGACCAGAAAGGGAAAAUGUUGUUUUGGACCCACCGUUAAAUGUUAAUAGGGUGAAUGUCAAUAUGUCCAUCUGUAUGGAGUAUCGCAGCCGUAUCAAGUGGAACCUAAACCUAGAGGCGGUGUGCCUGUAUUUGGAAGAUGACGCUUUUAUCGGUGGUAGUUAUUCCCUUCAUCGCCAUGAUGUUCAACGGGUAUCAGAACCGCACCAUUGGAUGCCCCGUCUUCGACUACUCCUGGCCGGCUGGUUGAAGGGGAUCUUCAGAGAGCUGCGGGCCUUUUUUUCGAGGGAGGACAUAGCGCUCGCUCUUCCUUCACAGACCACAGACCAAGCACCAGGAUGCCAAGUGGGCACGCUGUUCCAAUGAUUUAUCGAAGAACCUCAGAUUCUCGCCCUUUUCUACAUUUUAUACACUUUAUACGCGUCGCACGGACUAAGUUAGCCCUCCUUAGACACACACACAAGGUGAGAGAGAUCAUAUUCGAGGAGAGGAGGGACACACUUGUACAACUGCAAUGACAACUGCAGCACCAGCACACCUGGUAAGUUUCUUAGUACUAUG